UUGGCCGCGCCGGCGGGGCCGGGCGCGCGCCCCCGCGGGUGUAAGUGCGCGCGCGGGUGUGCGUGUGCAGGUGUGCGUGUGCACGUGUGUGCGUGUGUCCACGUGUGUGCGUGUGUCCAGGUGUGUGCGUGUGCACGUGUGUGUGUGUGCGCUCAGGUGUGCGUGUGCACGUGUAUGCGCUCAAGGGUGUUUGUGCGCUCAGGUAUUCCCCCGCGGCAUCCCCACGUGUCCGUGUCCGUGCCCGUACCUGUAUCCCCGGAAGGCGUUCGCUCCCGCGUGUGCACCCGUGCAGCCAGCCCUCUCCGUGCCGCCAUGGAGGCCUUGCUGAGGAGCUGCCGAGUCCCCGCGCUGGGCGCCCGGCACCGCGGGGCCAGGGCCCGGCACGGCGGCACCGCGGGCAGGGCCAGGCGCCUGCUGCUCUCGCAGCUCUUCCAGCCGCUGGCCCUGCCCGUGGGCGGCCAGGCGGACUCCGAGGCCCGGCCUGGGGAGCCCAGCUGCCGCAGCCAGCGGCUGAUGCUGCAGGGAGGGCUCAUCCACCCCACCAGCCCCGGCUGCUACUGCUACCUGCCGCCCACCGUGCGCGCCAUGGAGAAGCUGAUCAAGGUGAUGGACGAGGAGAUGCAGGCGGUGGGCGGGCAGAAGCUGAACCUGCCCAGCCUGUGCUCGGCGGAGCUGUGGCGCGCCAGCGGCCGCUGGGACCAGAUGGGGCCGGAGCUGUUCCGGCUGCUGGAUCGGCACAAGCACGGCUACUGCCUGGGCCCCACGCACGAGGAGCUGGUGACGGCGCUGGUGGCCUCGCAGAGCGGCCUGUCCUACAAGCAGCUCCCGCUGCGCCUCUACCAGGUCACCAGGAAGUUCCGUGACGAGCCCAAGCCCCGCUUCGGCCUGCUGCGCAGCCGGGAGUUCUACAUGAAGGACAUGUACACCUUCGACAGCUCCGAGGAGGCUGCUCGGCGCACCUACGAGCAGGUGUGCGCCGCCUACUGCAGCCUCUUCGCCCGCCUGGGGCUGCCCUUCGUCAAGGUGCAGGCGGCCACGGGCAGCAUCGGCGGCAGCACGUCACACGAGUUCCAGCUGCCAGCGGACAUCGGCGAGGACAGGCUGCUGCUGUGCCCUCAGGGACAUUUCGCGGCCAAUGUGGAGACUGUAAACGGGGAGCAGACCUCGUGCCCCACAUGCGGGGAGAAGCUCACUGAGACCAAAGGCAUCGAGGUGGGGCACACAUUUUACCUGGGCACUAAGUACUCCUCGGUCGCCAACGCCGUCUUCUCCUCUGCCGAGAACAAGCCGCAGCUGGCGGAAAUGGGCUGCUACGGCCUGGGCGUCACCCGCAUCCUGGCGGCCUCCAUCGAGGUGCUCUCCACCGAGGACAGCAUCCGCUGGCCGAGCCUCAUUGCGCCCUACCAGGUGUGCUUCAUCCCCCCCAAGAGGGGCAGCAGGGAGGAGGAGGAGGGGGCGGCGCUGCUGGAGCGGCUGUAUGAUGAGCUGGCCCAGGCGCUGCCCCAGCUCGCCGGCGACGCGGUGCUGGACGACCGGAGCCAGCUGACCAUCGGCAAGAGGCUGAAGGAUGCCCAGAGGCUGGGCUAUCCCUACGUGGUGGUGGCUGGGAAGAGGGUCUGCGAGGACCCCCCAGUCUUUGAGGUUUGGAAUCAGAAUGCCGGCGAAGUUUUGUUCCUCACCAAAGACGGGGUUAUGGAGCUGCUGAGUAAAGUCCAAGUCCCUUAAAUGGCUCCUCUCUGAA